ACUUUGUGUAAAGACAAGAUAGAUAAAGAAAAAACAUUCGUCGCCGUCGCCGUCGCCGGAGAAAAUUUGACUGAGUGGAAGGGGGAGUCUCCGUACAUGGAAUUAGGGUUAAUGGUAGAGAGAUAAAGAGAGAGAGAGAGAAAAUGAGUAGUGGGGAAGAGAAGGGAUUGAGGAUAGAGGAGAGUUUGUUAGUGGAUCCAAAGUUGUUGUUCAUCGGCUCCAAGAUUGGCGAAGGCGCUCACGGCAAAGUCUAUCAAGGAAGGUAUGGUUCCCUGAUUGUUGCAAUCAAAGUUCUCCACCGUGGAAGCAAUCCUGAUGACAAGUCUUCCCUCCAUAGCCGUUUCAUCCGUGAAGUAAAUAUGAUGUCCCGAGUCAAACACCACAAUCUCGUUAAGUUUAUCGGAGCGUGCAAAGAUCCUUUAAUGGUAAUCGUAACAGAAUUGCUCCCAGGGAUGUCACUCCGCAAAUAUCUCACCAGCAUCCGCCCUCACCUCCUUGAUCUCCCUGUCGCUUUGUCCUUUGCCCUUGACAUUGCCCGCGCCUUGGACUGCUUACACGCCAAUGGCAUCAUUCACCGUGACCUCAAACCUGACAACCUAUUGCUCACGGAGGAUCACAAAUCCCUCAAGCUUGCUGAUUUUGGCCUUGCUCGGGAAGAAUCUGUCACUGAGAUGAUGACCGCUGAGACUGGCACUUACCGUUGGAUGGCUCCUGAGCUCUACAGUACGGUGACGCUGCGUCAAGGAGAGAAGAAGCAUUACAACAACAAGGUCGAUGUCUACAGCUUCGGAAUCGUCCUAUGGGAGCUUCUUACUAAUCGCAUGCCAUUCGAGGGCAUGUCCAACCUCCAAGCCGCCUAUGCUGCAGCUUUCAAGGAGAGGCCCGGAAUUCCAGAUGGAAUAUCUCCCAGUCUCGCCUUCAUUGUGCAAUCGUGCUGGGUGGAGGACCCAAACAUGAGGCCCAGCUUCAGCCAGAUUAUCCGAUUGCUCAACGAGUUCAUCCUUACCCUCUCUCCUCCUCCUCCUCCUCCUCCUCUGCCUGAGGGCGAGGGCAACAGAAUCAGAGCUAUCACUGAGUUCUCCAGCCGCGCAAAAGGGAAGUUUGCAUUCAUUCGCCAGCUUUUUGCUGCUAAGAGGAACACAGACUCUUAGAAUAAGAAGAAGAUGUUAGCAAGGAGUCUGACACUGCCACUGCUUUUGGGGAUGAAUAAUAAAACAUUAGCAGCAGAUAAGUAGAACGUUAGACUUUAAGUCUAUAGAGUAAGUAAGUUAGUCAUUUCCCUUCACUUAACCCUAUCUUUCUUCUCCUUCUUCUUUGCCAAGUUAUUAAGUAGCCUCACAUGCCAAACUAAUUAAUUGGACUCACAUCUUCUAAUUGUUACUUAUCUUUCUAAUACUCAAGAAAAAAAAAGUGUUAUGUAAUAUAUAUGCAAUAUAUAAUUUUAAAUUUUUGAAAAGUUUAGGGAAAACCGUUUGCACAA